AUGAAGAUCUUGGAGGCCCAGUCCGCGACGCUGACCAACUAUGAAGUCUUCACGCACCUUAAAGCACAGAGAAAUGGAUCCCGCAAGAACGGACGCCCAACUGACCUCGACAAUAUGGUGCAUGAGCUCUUCGAGUACUUCAAGGACCCGGCAUGGCUAUCUCCUCUCGCCAGCAAGCCCCUGACCUACAAUGAGCGCACCAUCAAGACUCUGCUCCAGCGCCUCCGCCACUGGGACUUCACCAAGGGCGAGGUGAUCAUGAUUCUGAACCACCGACCGGCGAAGCCCGAGAACCUGAACACCAUGGUGCAGGAGAUGGAGCAGCGCUUCACCGACGAGGAGCAGCUGGAGAUUGUCCAGAUCAUCGCCGAGGUGUUGGGCAAGCCGAACGUGGUUGAGGCUCACCGCGCGUAA